ACACCCCGGUGGCCUCUUCUCCUCCUAGCUAAUUCCGGCGACAAGGGUCAGUUUCAAUUCAUAUCUGCUCUUUAUACAUACAAAUUUUGUGUCUAUAUUUCAUUGUAUUGCCAGUCUGUUUAGCUCAGUGCUGUGAUUUUAGUGAUUAUAUAGAUAGAUUUUUCUAGAUUUUUGUAUGUAUAGAUUGCUUAUAUAGUUCUGUGAAGUGAAUAUGAUAGAUAAGUUCAAUUCUAUCAUUCGUAGAGGAAGUUUUGUAUUAGUUCAUAGACAGGCUAUAUUUAAUCCCCUUUUUUCGAGAACUUUUUUGUCGAAUAAAAGGUUGUUUUGUGCUGCAUUGCCUGUUUCUGAUACUGUAAUUGAUGAAAAUGAUGGUGAAAGAAAAGAAGAAGUUGGGGGUAAUUACCGGCCAAGUAACUCGAGAGAGGUUUUGAUGAAAUGGGGUUGCACCAAAGAUGAUGUGUCUACGAUUUUUAGGAGGCUUCCUUCUUUACGCAAUAGCAAUCCUGUUGGUCUUAACACUAAGCUCGACAUUCUUGGUGAAGUAGGUCUUGAUUCUUCAGAUUUAGUCAGGGUUGUUUAUUGUCGACCUCGUUUUCUUUCUUGUUGUCAUCUGUUAUUUAAGGAACGUCUUGGUUAUCUAGUGGAUUUGUUUGGUUCUAGGGAGCUUCUACGUAAGGCUGUUGUAAGGAAUCCUUCGCUUCUUGUUUACGACAUGCAUAGUAAAACUAAACCUGUUAUUGAAUUGUAUGAGAAGAUGGGGAUUGGUAAGAAGGAUUUGGUUCCAAUGCUGAUAUCGUAUCCAACACUGAUACCAAGAACGGUUUUUAACGAGGAGAAGUUGUCUUAUAUCAGGAGAACAGGUGUGAGUAAGGAUGCAAAGAUGUACAAGUAUGUUGUUUGCAUUAUUGGCAUUUCACGCGUAGAGACUAUUCGGGAAAAAAUUGCGAAUUUUGAGAAGUUUGGAUUUCAGGAAGAUGAGGUUUUGCAACUUAUUAGACGCUCUCCUCUUUUGUUAACGUUGUCGGUUGAAAAAGUACAGAGAAACAUGACAUUUGUACUGGGAACACUGAAGUUAUCUGCCAAGGUGACAGCUAAUUAUCCGUUUUUGUUAUAUGCCAACCUAGAGACUGUGUUAAAGCCACGAGUUCUUAUGGCAGAUAAGAUAAAGGAUAUGGGCCUUGAGCCUCAAAUUAAGGGCCCUGCAUUGUUGAGGGCAUUAAGAAUGAAAGAUGACCGGUUUGCUAGGGCAUUUAUUUUAUGUCACCCACAGGAUGUUGCCGAAGAGUUAAUGGAGUGCUACACAAAUGCAAAACGUGUUAAGCGGCUGGCAGAGUCAUCUAAGAAGAGUCGUUUAAGGGGUUUCCCUUUUUGAUUUGUCUACAAGGCGAUUGCCUGUGAUUCUAUUCUUCCCGUCAUUCUUAUUUCAGAAAGUCGAAGUGAUGUUCAUUUAUACUGGUUCUAUUCCUUGGUUCAGGUGUCACCCUGUCGAUGUGAUCUAUCUCAAUACGUAAAACAAACCUUCUGCAUUGUGUCAUUUCCAAACCACACUCUGCCUCUGAGGCUGUAAUAUAGGUGUAGCUACUAUUGAAUUAUUUGGCAUCAU